AUGGCUCCCUUGUUGUUGGGUCUGGGGAUUGCAGUGGUCAAAUCCCUUGCCAUUGCUAUAUGGGCUGCCAUUUGUGCUCCAUUCCGUGGUCAGAAGGGAGGUGCCACAGCCUACAAGCAUGUUGUGCUGUCUUUUUUGCGGGCGAUCUUUGAACAUGCAUCUAUGGAGGAGCUCCAAAACAAUUCUAAUACCUUGCAGACUUGCUCUUCCCCCACUAUCGCUCAGAAAGGUUACGAAGCCCACAUGAAACGGCAAAAAGCCCCUCCUAACAUACUCGUGCUCCCCGACGGUACAACGGCAUUCUGGCUGGGGGAUCCUGCGGCUGAAAAGUUGAUCAUCUACUUUCCUGGUGGUGGCUACUGCCUCCCCGCGCUACCCGUUUACUUCAGUUAUCUCGAGGCUCUCUCUACGAACAUAAAACAACAUGGAGAAAGUAUUGGUGUGUUAUUAGUCUCAUAUGAGCUUGUCCCUCAAGCCCGAUGGCCUCGUCAGUUACAACAAGCCGUUGUCGUUCUACAGUACGCCAUCCAAACACUGGGAAAACGACCGUCAGACAUUGUUCUUCAAGGUGACUCAGCAGGUGGUCAUCUUGCACUUGCGCUUCUAUCACAUCUUGCUCAUCCGCAUCCCCAAGUGAAUUUGCCAGGAUUUUCAGUGGAUGAACCCCUGGGAGGAAUGAUGUUGCUGUCCCCUUGGGUUGACUUCAGAACUGAUCAUGCGAGCUCCAGCAAAAAUGCGAACAGGGACGUUAUUUCGGCUAAGACUUUGAAUAGCUGGGCACAGGUACUUCUGGGGCAGACCGUGGAGGAUCAGUACAAUUGCCCUGCCAAAGCUCCAGGGGGCUGGUGGAGAGAUCUUCCUGUUUCAAGAAUCUUUGUUGGCGCGGGAGGGGACGAAAUCCUCUUGGAUCCAACUAAACAGAUGGCCGAGAAAAUGAAGGCCGAACUCCCCGACGUGAGCAUUAGCAUUGUGCCGCGAGAAUUCCACGUCGAGCCAAUCACGGACUUCGCUUUGAAGAUAGCCCCUGGUUUGCAGUUCAAGGCAAUGGUAUCAUGGUUGAACCAUCGCGAUGAAAGGUGA